GCGACCCAGCCGAGGGUGACUCUUGCUGAAUGUUCUUGUCUCGACAAACGCGUCCGGACCAGAGGCUGACUGUCGGGGAAAAGCCACUCUGAAGCGAAUGAAGAAGCAUCUAAUCUUUCACUUCACAUACCGAGGACUUCUAACGAAAGGAAAAAAGAGUAAAAGAAGAAAAUGGAGUAUAAAUUACGAAAAGCUGAACCAAGGGAUGUGUCUGAUAUAUUACGACUGGUGAAGGAACUUGCAAAAUACGAAGAGAUGGAGCACCAGGUGACACUCACUGAAAAAGAACUCCUUGAGGAUGGAUUCGGUGACACCCCGUUCUACCACUGCAUCAUCGCUGAAAUCCAAGAAGAGAAGGGCAGUGAUGAUCCGAAGGUGGUGGGUUUUGCCAUGUACUACUUCACUUAUGACCCCUGGGUUGGCAAACAGCUCUACCUGGAGGAGUUCUAUGUGAUGGAUGAGUACAGAGGCCUGGGCAUUGGUUCGGAGAUCCUGCGGCACCUCAGUGAUCUGGCGAUGAAGACGCGCUGCACGGGCAUGAUGUUUGUGGUGGCGGAGAACAACGAGCCGUCCGUCCAGUUCUACAAGCGCCGCGGUGCUGAGGACCUCUCUCAGGAGGAGGGCUGGAGGCUGUUCAGGUUCGACAAGGACAGCCUCGUCAAGAUGGCCACUCCAGCUGAGGAAUGACAGAGGUCCAGCAGGGCAGAGGAGAGAGAGGAGGAAGCGUCUGUGUCCGACUCCUCGGCUUUUCCCUCCGUUCGGACGAGGGUCGAUUCACAGAAGUUCAGCUUUUAAAAAGGGGAAAUCUGUAUCACAGUAAUAUGAUUGUGUUUGUAGUUCAGUCUCACGAAGCCUUUUGUCUGUUGCUUAAUCACUUUAGUCAGUUUCUCAUGAGUUACUCUGAGUCACGUGUGUUUAUUCUAACCUUUCUUUGAGCUUGAUAUUUGUUAGUGCUGCUGCGUUUCACGUGCACGAAGAGUUACUGUCACUGAUGUUUGCAAUAAAACAGCAGCUGAUCAGCA